UUCAAAAUGAAUACAACUCCUGGCUCUUUUGCAAAAAUUAUAGGAGAAGAAGCAAUAAAUAAAACAAAAAAUACAUUAUGGCAAAGGAUUAAUAGUUCCAUUAUAGAGUCUCCUAGAAAAUCAAGAAGUAUGUUUGAUAAAAACCUAAAACAAGACAGCUGUAAAAAUUCUCCAAUGCUGACAUCCAAAAGACGAACGAUGGAAAUGUUUCUACACAAACUUAAAAACAAAACUAUGCCAAAAAGAGCUCACAAUCCACGAAAAUCAUAUCAAGGAGAACGAACUUCUCUUCUUCCAGGCAGAAUUCUCAAAGACCUCAACAUAAUCACUAAAUAAAGUAAAAUCAAGGGACAGCACAACCCACAAUUUCCUUCGGAAAAAGUACGAGCGGUUCCGCCUCUCCCAAAAAUCUCAAUCAAAAGCGAGGCGUAAGAGUAAGAGUCCAGGUAAAAUUGUAACUCAAAGGCCUGAGAAAUUAUUUAUCCCAAACUACAAAGAAUACCUAGAAAAAGCUCAACGUCACCAGGAAGCUAAAUAAGCUUCAACGGACAAAAAAUGAAGAGAAGCAGAGGCUCAGCUUCAUUGAUGAUGUCGUCAAUAACACUGCUCUCUUAAAGGACAGUAAUUUCAGCGGCUGGGACAGGUACAGUAUCGAUAUCAAUGGAAAAAUGGCAUUACUUCGAGAAACCAUGAUCACUCAGAUGAAAGGUAUCCAGAAGAUUAGCCAAGUCAGACAACUCAAGAACAAAAAGAAGAUUAUUAUCCCUAAAACUCUUAAAAGAAUGAACACUAAGUUUGGGAUUCCAAAGAAAUUACCAGUAAUGACCACUUUAGGCAUGGAUGAUGAGGGCAUAUCAAAAUCUAAUAGAACAAAGAAAGCUGGUAAUCCCUUCUCAACAAGAUUCUUGGCAGAGAAAAAGCCUGUAUCAGUCGCAACAACUCCUUUAAAAGCUCGGCUUAAGGAAAAGGUCCCACUAGAACAACCUGAUGAUCAAGUGCAGUUGAAAUUUUCAGUAUCAGGGCAUACAUUCACAAAAAUGUUUUACCCAAAACGCAAAAGACUUUCUAUUUUUGAUGAUGGCACUAAAAAGGUAUAUUUUGAAGACGAAGCCUAA